AUGGAAGGACUCGGAAUGCAAGAAAGACUUGACGAGGCAAUUUACCUAAUUGAACUUAACGACUGCGUAAAAGACUACUUGCGCAAGGUCAUGAAGCCCAAGGUCAAGUUCACCACUAUUUCUGGAAGGGCUGCCUUGAAUCUCGAGACUUCGACUGGAAUUCCAAUUCAAAUACCAGAAAACACUCCUUUCGACGACAUAAAGCAAGCAAAGAAAGAAGCUCUUGUUAAGUUCCUAAACAAACGUCCUUGGAUAAAAAUACCAAACAAGGAGAAACCCCCUACCCCAUAUGAAAUUGGCAAUUCAGUCUCUCCUUCGCUUCUCGG